AUGUUACACACUACUAUUGCAUCUUGGCCAUUUGAUGCUUGGGGAUUAGAUGGCGUUGGACUACUUCCAAAAUCUUCUGGAGGACAUCUAUACAUCUUGGCUGCAACUGAUUACUUCUUAAAAUGGGCCGAGGUUGUCGCUCUCAUGGAAGUGAAGAAGGAGAACUUUGCAAACGUCAUUCGAGUGAACAUCAUCUAUCAUUUCGGCAUUCCUAGUUAUAUAAUAACAGUUAAUGGCAAGUCGUUCGAUAACAAAUUCAUGACCAAGAUCUGUGACCUUUUCGGCUUCAAGCAAUGUAAUUCGUCAAUGUAUUAUGUUGCUGCAAAUGGAAUAGCCAAAGCAUUUAACAAGACACUUUGCAACUUGUUAAAGAAGUGA